CAUACAUCCUCUAUAUUCCUUGUCUUUGUCCCUCGCAAUGCCUUCUCCAGAGGAAGCAAGCACGUCUUCCGCCCCUAUUGUCUCCUUCAAGUCUCUUGGGCUGAUAGAUCCCCUCCUGGAUGCUCUCGAGCAACUCAAAUUCAAGACACCGACGGACAUCCAGGCCGAAGCGCUUCCUCAUGCAUUGGAGGGGCGAGAUAUAAUAGGCGUCGCCUCCACGGGUUCUGGAAAAACUGCUGCCUUUGCUCUGCCGAUACUGCAGAAAUUAUGGGAGGAGCCUAAAGGACUAUUCGCGUGCGUCCUCGCCCCGACUCGUGAGUUGGCCUACCAAAUAUCGCAGCAAUUUGAAGCGUUGGGCUCGGCCAUGGGCGUCCGCUGUGCGGUGAUCAUUGGAGGCACUGAGAUGGUGUCGCAAGCUGUCGCACUAGCCAAGAAGCCCCAUAUCAUCGUAGCAACCCCGGGAAGACUAGUGGAUCAUCUAGAGAAUACCAAGGGGUUCAGUUUGAGGGGCCUACGAUAUUUGGUUCUGGACGAAGCCGAUCGUCUGCUAGACAUGGACUUCGGUCCCGCAAUCGACAAGAUUCUGAAGCUCAUACCAAAGGAGCGCACCACAUAUCUAUAUUCUGCAACCAUGACCACGAAAGUGGCUAAGCUGCAGAGAGCUAGCUUGUCUAAUCCUGUUCGCGUCGAGGUCUCAGCAAAAUAUUCGACUGUUUCGACACUCUUACAAUACUACCUCUUCAUCCCCUUAACUCAAAAGGAUGUGCAUCUGAUCUACCUGGUUAAUACUCUUGUACAAAAUUCCAUCAUGAUCUUCACGGGCACGGUGCAAAAUACGAUGAGACUUUCGAUGAUGUUACGAACUCUGGGAUUCCCCGCCGUCCCCUUACAUGGUCAACUUAGCCAGAGUGCCCGCCUUGGUGCACUGGGGAAAUUCAAAAGUGGCGGUCGGAAUAUACUUGUUGCGACUGAUGUCGCCAGUCGUGGUUUGGACAUUCCAUCCGUUGACAUCGUCAUAAACUUUGACAUCCCGACACAUUCCAAAGACUACAUUCAUCGAGUAGGAAGGACGGCUCGCGCUGGCCGUUCUGGGAAGUCGAUCACUCUUGUCACACAGUACGAUGUCGAGCUCAUCCAGCGCAUCGAGAGCGUGAUUGGUAAGAAGAUGGAGCUGUGGCCUACUGACAAAGAAGAAGUCGCGUUGUUACGAGAACGAGUCGAUGAAGCGGCCCGUCUGGCUAUACAUGAACUAAAGGAACAAAAUCAGGGAAAGGGCCACGCACGGAAACGUCGACGCGACGAAAGUGCAGGAAGGGAUGACAGGGACAGAGAUGACGACGUCAUACAAGCGGAUCUACCGAACCAGAAGAGAAAGUACAAAGGUAGACGGUGAUAACUGCCCACUGCAGUGCUGAACGGGUAUUGGACCCAUUUGUAGCUCUUGCCUCAGAGGUUCUAUGCACACGCGGAUAACUCUUCAUAUUUCAGUCCAAGAACAUGAGGUCCGAUCGUAAGACGUAUUUAGUGCCCUUCCCCACCGGAGAGCCCUCGUGUAGCAUACAUUGUUGACCAUGCCGAUGAAGCAGUGCGGUGCCUCGUGUAAGAGGAGGAACAAUGGUUUCAGUGGGUCUCCCCUUAUGUUCCCUGUAAAACAGCGUCUUGCCACCUUCGACACCAUCUUCUACUCCGGAAAGGUAGAUCAAUAGCGUCCAUUCCGACCUCGCCCCCGUAUGGGGAUCUCGGACUGAAUCAUCAUAGUGAGGGCCGAAGUGCUGAUUGACUGUAUACUUGUACAGUCGAAUGUUGGAGUUUAGCGAAUGUACCACAUGAGUGCCACCUUGUCUAGCGAGAGGGUGGAAACUUGGAUAGGGGAACUGAGGUAAGUGCGGGCCAAGGAUGUUAAACAAGUCGUGCGCAAAGGUCUGCGAGGUGACAGAUAGACGGUGGUUCACUCUGUCUGCCUCUCCUUUCUUCUUCGGGGGCGUGAGCUCCAGUGGCAAAGAUUCGACGAACGAGAUGUAGCGUUUACAUUCCUCGGCCGUUAAUAAGUUAUCAAUGAGAAGAAUUUGAUCCUCUACAAGGACCCUACAUUCAAGAUCCCUUUUCGGUUUCAACGAGGGAAACGCGGGCGGUAGUGCUGCCGUUCUAGCAGGCUCGGGUAUACGCUUCUGUCCCUUCGCCAUGGG